UCUUUCUUUCUUUCUUUCGUUCUUUCUUUUUUUUUUUCCUUUUUCUUUAAGGUGGGGAAAGAGACAAACAGGAGACAGGAAGCUGAUCUGCAAGGAUUCGGAGUUGUGCUAAAAGGACUUUGAUUUUUUUUUUUUUUUUUCUUCUCUCUCUCUUUACAAACGCUGGCAAUUGACAUCACUACAGACAGCCUGGGUAGAGAACAAACUGCCUCAUCCCAAGUGGACCCUGGCAGCUGGGGGAAGGAAGGCACGAUCUGGGAAGGCUGUGUGUGUGUGUGUGUGUGUGUAUGUGUGUGUGUUUUGUUGUUGUUCUACCAAUACCCUUCCUUUUUUCUUUUUUCUUUCUUUUCUUUUUUCUUUUUCUUUUCUUUUCCUUCCUUCCUUCCUUCCUUCCUUCCUUCCUUCCUUCUUUCUUUCUUUCUUUCUUUUUUUUUUUUGUGUGUGUGUGUGUUUCUUUUUUAAAUUCCUGCCGUGUUGGAACUAGCGAGUGGUGGAAGACGAGGGAUCUCUGAAGCCUCAUCAGUCAUCGGGACUGUCAGGAAUAGUGGUUUAAGAGGACGCUCGGCCUGGGGCACUAUACCCUGUCAUCCAGUUCCCUGCCUCGGAGAUAAAGAUUCCAGCUACAUGGGCAAACGCCUGGAUCAGCCACAAAUGUACCCCCAGUACACUUACUACUAUCCUCACUAUCUCCAAACCAAGCAGUCCUAUGCACCAGCUCCCCACCCCAUGGCUCCUCCCAGCCCCAGCACAAACAGCAGCAGCAACAACAGCAGCAGCAACAGCAGCGGGGAACAGUUGAGUAAAACCAACCUGUACAUUCGAGGCCUUCCACCAGGCACCACUGACCAGGACCUAAUCAAGCUGUGCCAACCGUAUGGAAAGAUUGUAUCCACAAAGGCAAUUCUGGACAAAAACACAAAUCAGUGCAAAGGGUAUGGUUUUGUAGAUUUUGACAGUCCUGCAGCUGCACAGAAAGCAGUAGCAUCUCUCAAGGCAAAUGGCGUGCAGGCACAGAUGGCCAAGCAACAAGAGCAAGACCCAACAAACCUAUACAUCUCAAAUCUCCCCAUUUCUAUGGAUGAGCAGGAACUUGAGAAUAUGCUGAAACCCUUUGGACAUGUCAUUUCCACAAGAAUAUUAAGAGAUGCUAAUGGAGUCAGCAGAGGCGUUGGCUUUGCCAGAAUGGAGUCUACUGAAAAAUGUGAAGUGGUAAUUCAACAUUUUAAUGGAAAAUAUCUGAAAACACCACCAGGCAUCCCAGCCCCUAGUGAGCCUUUACUGUGCAAAUUCGCUGAUGGAGGACAAAAGAAGCGACAGAAUCAAAGCAAAUACACCCAGAAUGGAAGGCCUUGGCCCAGGGAAGGAGAGGCUGGCAUGGCUCUGACCUAUGACCCCACAGCUGCCAUACAAAAUGGAUUUUAUUCUUCACCGUACAGUAUUGCAACCAACCGCAUGAUUCCACAGACAUCUAUCACGCCAUUCAUUGCUGCUUCCCCUGUCUCCACAUACCAGGUCCAGAGUACUUCAUGGAUGCCUCAUCCGCCAUACGUUAUGCAACCAACAGGUGCUGUGAUUACGCCGACAAUGGACCAUCCUAUGUCAAUGCAGCCAGCAAACAUGAUGGGCCCCCUGACACAACAGAUGAAUCAUCUUUCAUUGGGUACAACAGGAACGAUUCAGUCCCAAGACAGGAUUAUGAUACUCCACCAGCUGUUGUGUCAGUAUAUGACUGCUGCCGCUCCUAUGCAAGGGACCUACAUUCCCCAGUACACGCCUGUGCCUCCGACAGCUGUUUCUAUUGAAGGUGUUGUUGCUGAUACCUCUCCCCAGACAGUGGCACCUUCAUCCCAGGACACCAGUGGUCAGCAGCAACAGAUAGCAGUGGACACAUCCAACGAACAUGCACCUGCAUAUUCUUACCAACAGUCUAAACCAUAAACAAGACUGAAGAAUGUUCGUCUGAAACUUUGCCUUGAAUGAAGAAACUUCAUUGAACAGGAAGUUGGCUUCCAGUUUGCACAGGCGUCGAUGGAAUGCUUUUUUUUUUUUUCUACUUUACCCAGUGAAAACAAAGUGUUUUUAUGUGCUGUGCAAAUGGUUCCUUCAUGUGGUCUGACAGUUUAUUUUCGCCAUCUUUUUUUUUAAAGAAAAAAAUCCCAGAAGAGGAAACAAACAAAAACCAACAACGAAACAAAAUGAAGAAGGUUGACGUGUUAUCUAGAAGAACAUUUGAAUUCAGAAUUUACCAGAAGAUGUAGAUAGAUUUUUUUUUUUUUAACGGAAAAUCAGAUGUCAAGAGGUGGGCAAAGCAGAAAUGGAAACAAAUUGUCUUCCUCAGUAACUAAACUACUCUUUCUUUCCCCCUUUUUGUUUAAAGAUAGUGGGUUGGUUUUUUAUUUUAUUGUUUUCCUAGAAAUAUUUAGGUAAGGUUUAUCUUGAAUCUUAAUUGCCUUAAUUUUAAGGACGUCAAAGGCUCUCGAGGCAAGCUGUCAACGUCUUGUUAAAAAAAAAUUCAAGAAAGAAUUGAAAUAUUGUGCCGGCUUUAACUGGUACAGAAGUUUAAGACUAUGAGUUUUUAGGGUGAAAAAAAAAACUGUACAGUUUAAAAGAAAAUGUUUUUCUUCAUUUGAAGAAAAUUUGUUGAUAAAAGAAACCAUGGCAACUGCAAGAAUUGGGAAAAUGCUGGGACUUUUCAUGAACUUUGUCUUAAGUGUUGAAUCAUUCUAGAAGGCUAAAACAUUUUACGGUAAAGUUAUUAAUGUUGGUUUAAAAACAAUUGCAUUAGAAAUAAUGCGUGUUUGGAGGGCAGAAUGCAGAUUUUUUUUAUUUACGAAGCGUGAUCGCUAGCAAAAGCAUUAGUGCUUUUUAUCUGCAGUCUUUUUUAUGAGCUUUACAAAGUUUUUAGUCAGCUUUGCUUGUCACAUUGCAAAACCUAGCUUAAGAGCAUUAAAAAAAAUUAAGUAGAUAGGAGCUUAUGGUCAAAAAGUGCAAAAAAAAAAAAAACAAAAAAAGCAAUAGAUAGAGAAAUUGUUGACAAUUUCUGUAGUCUUUCCUAGUUGUGAUCAAAUUCAGCCUAUGGAUGGCCUAUUUUAUACCAAAGAUGAAGUGGCACCCUAUUGCAGUCCAGAAGAUAGAGGUUGUUUUCCUUUUCUUCUCUUUUCUUUUUAAAAAUUUUAUUUGACCUACAUGGCCGGACCAGUUCUUACUCUGUUGUUUGUUUAAACUACCUUCCACUGGUGUUUUACAUACUGCAAAACCAAACAAAACAAAAAAUGUGUUUUUUUUGUUUGUUUUUGUUUUUUAAUGUGCAUUUGUUGAUACUAGCAGAAGCUUGCACCUGCUGUGUUCAGCAGUUUCAGCGCGAAGAGUUCUGGAUACCAACUGAUAGAGCCAAAAGGCUUUAUAUUCAUUCUGUGAGCUUUUCUGGUUCCUUACUAGCUCUCUUGAAUAGUGACACCUGUAAUGAUGGCCACCAAUAAGCUGAGACACUUGUUUAACAGGUUGAAAUUCCUUUCUGUGAACUUUGAACUAAAGAUCCUUCCCGAACUGGUCUGAAAGGUCACUUGUCAAAAAAGCGUAGUGAUAUUCUGUUAAGUGAUGAGUGGUCUCCUGAAAAGGUCUCAUUGUAUUUGUAACAAUAGUCUUCCUUCUAACGUCCAACACCUCUAGGUUUUGUCUUCUCGCCUCAGUCUUUGUUCAACCUGCCAUGAACAGCCACCUUGAUUCUGCAGUUGGGGAGGGGAUAUCUUCUUUUUGCCUCCUUUCAUUGUAUUUUCAUACCCUGGUGUUGUCAGAAGAAGGACAAAAACAGACCUUUUUUUUUUUUUUUUUUUUUUUUCCAGUUUUGCUCUCUGAGACAAGUAGGACCAAUAAGAUUGAGGAUUCUAUUAGUGAAAUGUAGGUAAGCUUUUAAGAUGCUAGUUGACAAUCAAGAAAUUGUAUGAUUUAUAUCAAUAAGAACCAAAAGAAUUAGAUCUGCUCAAUCUUUAAAGCCAAAGUAGAUAUAUUUGCAUUGAGAAUGAUGCAAAACUUUGUCUAAAAUGGAUUAAAUUGACUUAACAAACAUCUCUGCAUAUUUGACUCAUGGAAUCCAUGUUCAACCUGUAUAGUUUCACCUGAACUUAAGACCGAUGGAACUAUGUUAAUUGAACCAUGCCCUAGAGUUGCUUUCUGAAUGGAUCAUUGCAAUCAGAUGGGUGAAAGUCUUUUCACAAGCUAAGUCCAAGAAAACUGUCUUAGUCCAGAAGGAAGAAGGAAAUGCAUGAAGUGCACUGUAAAAGAAAACAGGGUAGGCUUUUAAAAACUGAAAAAACUUAAAAGGCAAAUCAUACUCCCUUUAGGUCAAUAUCAGUAAUGAGUUUGGCUCCUCUGAAAUUGUCAAUAUUCCACUAUUUAUAACUUGUCAACAGAGGCCUCGUGUUGAAAUGGGCUCUGUUUUCUUAUUUGAAAAUCCAUGAAUUGGAAGCUCAAGUCUAGAAAGCGACUGCCUAUUUUUGCAAUCAAAUUAGAGGCAAAAAUGUAUCCAAGAAAAUGUAGUAGCAUGUGCUACAGAGAAAUUCCCUCUGGUGACACCCAUUCCUUAAUGGUUUUCCAUGAUUUAGAGAGAAUCUUAAAUUUAUACUUUCUUCUGUUCUGUCCUUCAGCUUCUCAUGUAUUUCAAGGGUGGCACUUAAGUUUUUUCUUUGAGAAGUGGGCUCCUGAGUCACAGGGGGUGGGUAUAAGCGAACAUGUAUAGGAACUGUGCUUUUCGUUUCUCUUUUUCAGUCUCUGAACUCUUUGUAUAAAUAAGGAUUAUCCUGGGCAUAUUUCAUUUGAAUAUGAAACCAACAUGCUUUGUUUUGUUUCUGUAAAAAAAAAAACAAAAAAAAAAAACCUUAAUGUGAUACAAAGAAAGUCUCAUUUACUCAAUCAACAAUGAGGCUAAGAGGUAGCUACCAUGUGGCUGAUGAAUGUGCCUAGGUAACUUCCUGUUUCUAUUCAAAACUACUGCUUUAUUUAUACAUUCAGAAACAUUUUUUUCAACUAUGAAAUUUCAAUGAUCUCAAUUUUUUUAAGCCACUUCCGGCGCAAGGAAAUUACCUGUCAUUUUAUGUGUCCAUGUGUGUUUUGUGUUUGGAUUUUUUAUAUCAUGCCAUUCAAGAAAAUAUCUUAUUGCAAAUCAAAAAGGAAAAAAAAGAAGGAAAAAUGGCACAUGUUCAAAUUUGCAUCUGUCAUCUUACCUAAUGGUUGUUUUUAAGAGUCAAGUCUGGGGGAAUAUAAAAAACAUCAACAGGUAAGCAGCAUUACAUUAUAUGAAGAAUAAAACAAAUCAAAAUAUGUGUUCAAUAUUUGCAGACAUCAGAAUCCUAAUUUAAUCAGCAAUUGUUAUUAUGGUGAUUCUAAUCCUAUUUAAGGCUGGUUUUUUUUUUUUUUAAGUAUUCUGGUUCAUCAGAUUUCCAAACAUUUAUUCAGAUUAUUUCCAUUUUUCCUUUAGACUUUAAUUGUCAAGCCUUCUAAACAUGAGGAAACAAACCAAAAUCCCAAUCCAAAUGGGAUCAAUGUAAUCUUACUCAAACUCUAGAUACAUGGUCAAUGGAGGAAUGGGUUUUCUCUUAAUAAUGAUAAAGUUUUGUCAAGGGAUACAAAUUAUGCAUAGUGACUCAAUGCAUGGCCAUGUGUUCUAAAAAUGUCUUGGGUCCUAGGUAAGCUAAAGCUAACAACCAGCAGGUGCUGGGCACUGUUUUUCCUUGAAGACUGGCAUGUCACGAUUGUUGCAAGUGACAUAAUAUUGAAAGAAAUGAAAGAAAGAAAGAAAGAAAGAAAGAAAGAAAGAAAGAAAGAAAGAAAGAAAGAAAAAAGAAAGAAAGAAAGAAAAAUCCUUUACCUAACUUCAGUUUGGCCAGGGUUAGUUUUGUUGGUAAAUUUCAAUCAUUCAGAUGUUAUCUCCAUGCUUCACUUGAAUCAGUUCUUCCUGUGACUUUAACAGAUCUGCCACAUUUGACAGCAUACAAGACUCACUUCCACACAUUCUAGUGAAAAACUACGUGGUAUUAAAAACACUCAUGUUAGAGAAGGAAGGCUGAGAGCAGAAAAAGACUGGAUGGAGCAGGAAGUUCACUCUACCUGCAGAAUACAUCAACCUCUUGCAAAACUGUGUUAAAAUCAUUUUAAUUCAUGUAUGACAAAAACAGAGUAGCUUUUUUUUUCUAAAAAAAAAGGUUAAUUUGAAUAUUUGAGAUGUCUAUUCUAUACCUAUAUAUAUUUUACAGUGGCCUAAAAUCCCCAUUAAUGAAGACUGAGAUUUGGUUGAGUAGCACUUUUGCAGCACUUCAUGAUUCAGAAGUUUCAAUGGAUUGUCUAGACAGAUUAUAAUGUUAGUAAGAAACGAAAAAUACAUUUGACAACUCAGUCUCAUUUGUAAUUUGCGUGCAUGAACCACUGUAGAUGAGCUGAUAAGCAGAGAGAAAUUCUUAAGUGGGUUUCAGUGGUAAAUGUUUUUAGAUGAUAUCAAAUCAAAUAAAGGGUAAUAUUUAUUUGUGUGGGUAAACAACAUUCAGCACAUUUGAAGAAUCACACUUCCUAACAAAGUUAAACAUGUCUUAGAGCCUUGGUCUAUGUUCUCGUCCACAGUAGGGAGUGAAGGAUGAGACUUUGGUUUUUGUGUUAUUGUGCCUGGCAUCCUUCAAAAUUUUGAGCUUACCGAGAACUGACAGCAUCUCACUCCAAUCUGAGGAACUAGCAGAAUUUAAACAGGAUCAUUGAUUCUGUACACUAUACCCUUCCUGUGACAGAGUGAUAAUGGGAUUUCAUUAAUGAAUCAAUUUGUCACACAUGACAUCCACUGAGGUAUUGGAAGACAGUUGAGUCUAACUCAAAUUUAACAUUUCUUACCCAAUAUUCUUAAAUAUGAAAUCGCUCCCUUAAUCCAAGUGCCCUUGGUCAUGGCUGUCCUUUGUGGACUGCAUGGAGUCCAGGACAGUACAGAGCUAAAUACAAGAUCCCUGAGUUUCCCCCAAAAUCUUUUCUCAUGUGAGGCAGGGGAGCUUACCCCAGAUUGGUGGUUUUUCUUCUCUUUCAGUUUAUACCCCAAUACAUAUGCUCCCCAUCACACAAAUAAAGGAUGGAUAGCUACUUAAUGCUUAUUUCUUUGUGUUUCUGAAAGGAAAAAUAAUAUUUUAAGAAAUGCUUCUUCCUCUCAGGAAGCUUUAAAGCUGGAGCAGAGGUGAGAUCAAGCUUGGAGUCUGUAGGAAGAACCUCUAGGCCACAGAGUCACACUUUUCUUCCAUUUUAUUCACUCCCGUUAGUAACUUCCCCAAUGACUGAGUCUUGCAGAAAUACAAUCACUCUCAAUUUUUGAAGGGCUAUCUACUUUGUAGAUUUGUUUUGUCUUCUCUUUUCAACUGUUAGGUCUUGGGCUCUGUUUCCUUUUAUUAGCAUUUCACCCUGAGGAUGGAAAAGAAACAUUUGGAAAUCAGAUUCAAAUCAGUCUGUUUCUUUGCUAAGUCUCGAUUUAUCGAAGAAGUUUAAAAUCAUUGGUAAAACUGUCAGUGCAUUAUAUACCAUGGCUUUUUAUUAGCCAUAAUGUCUCUUUCCCAUUCUUUGCAAAUAAUUGAGAGUUGGCUGUAUUCUUGCAAAAACAAAGGGGGGAAAAAACCUGUAGCAAAGUAUUUGGCUUCCCUCAAAAGAAAGCUGUUUUGGUUUCGUUCACUAUUGAAAUUUUAACUAGAAGAAAAUGUCAACUCAAAAUUCAGUUAUGAGAAUAUAAUAGGAUCUCUUGGUUAAAUAUACCCUCUUGUCCCUAUCUUAAAUCUUUGGCAAGAAAAAUGCUUUGUUUUUGUUAAUUUUUUUUUUGUUUGUUUUGCAUCACAGUAAUAAGGGUGAAUGACCUUGACACUCCAGUGGAUUUUUUCUGAUCAUUUCAAAUUAAGUAGUGUCCAAAGUGUAACUUUAGUGUUAUGCUUUGUAUUUUAAACCUUCUGGUCUUAUAUUAUUAAGAAAGAUGCUCUGUCCGCCUCCCCCAAAAAUGUCAUUUCGUCAUAUAUGAAAAAGUGAGUUAUUUCAUACUUUUCAGGAACUAUAAAAACUAUUUCAAAGAGACACUUGAAUAAGUUUUUUGCAUUCUUGAAAUUAAUGCUUCCAUUUAUUUAAAAAAAGAGGAAUAUAAUUGGGAUCUUAAUUUAAAAAAAUACACAUAAAAGUAUACUUGCUAUGAAAUACCCAGUUUCUUUUAAAAAAAAAAAUGGGACACAGCUUUUUUAAAACCAUUGUUUUAGGCCAUAUUUGACUUCAUGGAACUUAUGAAACAUCAUUCAAAUUUGAACUUUAUUUAAGAGUAUUUUGUACCGCUGUCUCUGUCAUGGAAAGUUCUGUAAUUCUAUGGUGUUUCUGGUUUUAUUUUUAAUUUUUUCAUCUGUACCACAGUCAAAUUAGCUACCAUUUCCCCCAUUCCUUGGGCUUUCUGUAGAUCAGUGGAUGUUAGGUUUAAACUUCUGUUUUCUUUGAUGAAGCUUUCAAUAAAAAAUGAAAAUAA